CGUCAACAAUUGUUCACAGCGUGCUUUUUGUUUUUCACUCUCUCCCUCACUGCUUUUAUUUCUACGCACUUCGGCAUACUAUUGAUAUGAUUGCAAUAAAAGUUCUAAUAUUCUUGAAUUUAAUUUAUUGCGUUGCGUCAAUUAAUAGCCAAGCAGGCGCAUGCUCAACAGCACCAGCAGUUGAUGGGGCUAUUAAAAUUGAAUUUGUCGACGAGCAGCGAAAAAUUACAGUGGAAGGCAUACGAAAUAAGAGCUGGACUGGCGAUGAAUACUUUGCGUUUCGUGGCAUACCUUACGUGAAGCCGCCAAUUGGGGAAUUCAGAUUUAAGGAUCCGCAACCACUUGAUGAGCUACCAUCAUUGAUAGAUGCACGUCAGGAUGGACACGACUGUCCCUCUAUCUACGCCACAAACGCAUCAGAGAAUUGCCUCACGCUGAAUAUUUACACGCCAAGUACCAUUGCAACCGCCUCCUUGCCAGUUCUCGUCUUCAUUCAUCCGGGUGGGCUUUAUAUCGGAUCGUCGCUGAGUACCUUAAUUAGCCCCGCUUAUCUGCUUUCCAAACCCAUGGUUGUUGUAACAUUCAACUACCGUCUCGGCACACUCGGCUUCCUACAGCUUGGCACACGCGAAAUACCCGGUAAUGCCGGCUUUAAAGACCAAGUACACGCGCUACGUUGGGUAGCAAAGUACAUACGCCACUUUGCUGGCAACCCCAAAGACGUCACACUAAUGGGUUACAGCGCUGGUGCAUUGAGUGUCAGCUUGCAUUUGGUAUCGCCCAUGUCGCAGGGUCUUUUCCACAAAGCGAUCAUAAUGAGUGGCUCAUUGCCACCACAAACGCCACUGCCGCAGCGAGCACAAUUGGAACUAAUGCGAAAACAGGCGCGGGCACUGAAUUGCAGCGAAGUUGUGGAGGGAGAAGCAGAUAUUUUAAAUUGUUUGCAGAAAUUUAGCGGCAAUGAAAUUGCUGCCACACUACGACGCCUCUUCACAUUCGGCAAGGAUAAUCCCAUUUAUAUAUAUCUGCCUGUGAUUGAAAAUGAUUUUGGUCAAGCACGUUUUCUCACGGAAAUGCCUAUGGAGAGUUUGCAACGCGGCGCGUUUGCUAAGGUGCCUAUUUUGCUGGGUUUUACGAAUGGUGAAUUUUGUCAAUCUGCUGUGGAUAUCGUAAGAAAUGAACAAUUAGCUCAUCGGUUUUAUGAAGAGUUUGAACAGUUGGCACCUGAAAUAUUUAUGUAUGCAGGUCACAAAGGCAAUUUGAGUGAAGCUAGCGUGACGCUUAGAGAUUAUUACUUGCCUCGUUUUAGUGGAUUGAAAUCGAGCGAUAUAGCACGGCUGUGCGACUUCUUUUCAGAUGCAAUUAUACGCUUCGGUGCUCAACGUUUGGCGGAGUUAGCCGCUCCACAUACAAAAGUUUUUCCCUACAGCUAUGAAUUCAGAGGAGAAUUUAGUAAUCUGGACUAUAAUGUGAAACCAGGUGAGUAA